AUGGCCUUGUUGGCAAAAGCUUCCGAUUUCAAGCAGAACGCAAGCAGGACCAUGGCAGAACGUUGGCAGACAUUCUCCUUGCCCGGAGCCAUCAGGCGAGCAAAGACAGCCAUGACAGGGCCCUCCAAGAUGCCUAGUGACCCACUGGAGGAGCAACGCGCAGAGCUUUUGGAAAUGGACCGGCUCAUCUCCAGCUUGAGUGCAUGUGCCAAAACAGUCGCCUGUGCAGUGGACAUGCUUGCCUCCGCACCGGUUCCACUUUUCGAUCCCCUGACCCGCUUCUAUGGCCAGGAUAUGCCAGGCAGCCCAGCAAUCGACAAGCUUUGCACUCAACUCAAUGACUUUGCCAACAAAUCCAAGGACAGUGAAUCUGGUCUCGACUUGUUGCAAGCAAGACUGCAGACCCUGUCAGCGCCUCGAGUUGUUUGCUCAUCAGGUCUUUUGGUGCCCGUGAUGUGGCAUGGUCUAGCCAGGACCAUUACGAAAAGAAGGUGGAAAGGCUGA